UGGAGGGCAGAAGAUGUUUGUGGUGUACGCCAUUCCCUGAUGCUGCGUAGUUCAGUCAGGUGCUUAUACAGUAUACCAUUCCCAUAAAGAAGGAACAAGUUUAUAAAGAGCAAGAGCCGAAGAAACACUACCAGGUUACAACAACGUGAGUGGAUGGAUAAUGCCAUGUCCCAAAGAUUGUACCCUAACUCAUGUGACUGUUUUGUGUCGCUUCCACCGGCUUCAAGCUCCCCUGUGGUUAUAUUUGCAAAAAAUUCUGAUCGACCUUACACAGAGGUCCAGGAGGUUGUAUACUAUCCUGCAGCUACAUAUCCACCAGGGUCAAAGGUCUUGUGUACCUACAUAGAAGUGGAGCAGGCCCCAAGGACACUAGCUGUGAUCCUGAGUCGCCCAUCCUGGUUGUGGGGGGCCGAGAUGGGAGCUAAUGAGAUGGGUGUCUGCAUUGGGAAUGAAGCAGUGUGGACCAAAGAACCUGUUGUAGAGCAUGAGGCUCUGCUCGGCAUGGAUUUGGUAAGAUUAGCACUGGAGCGUGCAACGUCUGCCAAAGCUGCUGUGCAGGUUAUAACUGAACUCCUGGCAUGUUAUGGUCAGGGGGGCAGCUGUAGAGAGGAGCCUGAGCCCUUCAUGUACCACAACACAUUCCUACUGUGUGACCGCCAAGAAGCAUACGUGCUUGAGACAGCUGGGCAGUACUGGGCAGCUGAGAAGAUCACUGGGGGAGCACGAAACAUCUCUAACCAGCUGAGUGUGGGCACAGAUAUAUGGCAGAAACACCCACAGCUCUGCUCACAUGCCCUGGCACAGGGCUGGUGGAAUGAAAAAGAAGAGUUCAACUUUAGGAAAGUCUACUCUCUAGAGAAACAGCCAGUACGGAUGGAGGCAGCAAAGGCACGAUAUAAGGCUGGGCAAGAACUGCUGCAGAGACAAGAAGGGCACAUCACAGUUGACUCAAUGCUGCACAUUCUACGGGAUAAGAACAGUGGCAUUUGUAUGGAUUCUGGUGGAUUCCGCACUACAGCCAGUAUAAUAUCUAUUCUGCCCCAGUCUCAAUUACCAUGCAUCCAUCUGAUCACUGGCACGCCGGAUCCAUCCAAGUCGGUGUUCAAGCCGUUUGUGUUUGGCACACACGCUACACAAGUACCCUGGUUGCUGUCCCCUGUAUUUGGUGAAAAAGACCCUCUCAGGCAGAUUCCUCGGUUUAAAACCCAAGUGGACAGAAGACAUGAACUUUACAAGCACCACCAGCAGGCACUGGAGGCCUGUAAGGGCAAUGAGGAGGCGCUAGAGACACUACAGAAGAAACAAAGAGAAAUGGAGAAAGAGAAUUUAUUGGUGGUCAAUAACUUGCUGGAUGAAACCAGGAACCCGGAUCUUCCGGAAUUAUCUGACCUAUUUCGUCUCAGUGUGGAGAAAGAGCUGGCAGUAUACAAAGAGUUCAACCACUAACAGUUUACAAUCCAUGCCUGCUGCAAGUGCGUUACUGCACCACCUACCACCAUUCUUCAAAUUAAUGGCAGCCAUAAUAAAUGUUUUCAAUAAACUUGUUGAUACAGUAAUCACCAAAUACAACCUGUUCUGG